AUGGCGAGCUUCGCAAACCUCCACCCCCCGCCUCAUCACCCCAGCGGCAGCGAGUGCAGUACCACCAACCAUGCGGUGGACCAAGGAGCAGACGAGGACUCGAGCUUCGCUGUCGCAACAUGGUCGUACCUCACAGCAACAGUUCUGGCGAUCUGGGCACGAAUCGCCAGCGUUGCGACCUUCCUCAUCCUCGCCGUCACAGGCCGCAAAUCCAAGCCGGCCGCAAUUACCAUCAAAAGACUUCCCACCGAAACCCUGACCUCGAUCUGCGAAUUUUAUCUUCAAGGCGCUGGACCAAUCUUCGUGGAAUCUGGCACGUGGAGAGCCCAGAACGACCUUCCUGGCGUGGCAGACAUGGUGAAGGGCUUGGCUUUCAUCAAGGAGAUUAUGGAGGGGGCGGUCAGGCAGAAAGUGCCCCAUAUCUUCGACGAUAUGAGUGUCCUGUACAGUUACUACACGGACCACAGCUCCGACCUGACGAAAUGUGCGCGCCGCAUCGAGGUUAAGCAAUUCGACAACCCGCAUGGUCCAAGAUGGGAUAUCAUUUGGGCCAAGAUCGAGGAUGUUUCACCUCUGGCGCUGACAGUUGGAGCGCCGGGGCACGACGCUCUCAAGCCUGGCAUCUACGGUUGGCUUAACACUGCGAAGGCACAACGAGAUCUGUUUUGCGCUACCGCGCCGACAUCCUUGCUCAACGCAAAACGAAGUGACGAGUACCGCCUCAAGUAUAUGAGCAACAUACACGGCUCGGUCUUCGCUUGGUGGUCUAAGCCAGAUCCACCUCCGAUCUCGUCCGAAAGACUCACGAACUGGGAGGUGUAUGCAGAAGGCGUUGCUGCCUCGCUCGACAGAGUGUUUGAGACUGAACACCACUCCGACAAGACCAUUUCUACGAAGCGCAACUGCUUUGCGGAAGCCCAGCCGUCUCCUCUCUCUUCUUCGACCAACACCGACGAACCCGUCAGUAGUAGUAGCGCCCGCUGCCUCAACGCAUCCGCCGCCGAAAACAACGCCCAUGCAGAGCCUGGCCUCGCAUCCAACAGCUCGCCCGGAACCAAUCUUAUCGUGAAGCCCAAGGUUCGGAUUCCGCCAGUCAAUGCACGCAACCUCUUGCCCAAUGAGCUUUGGCGCAUGGUAGGCGCUGAACUCCUCCACGGCGCCAGCCCGGUCACCGUCGAGUUCGGCACCUGGGAAGUAACCGGCCUUCCUCCGGCGGUCGAGGCCAUGUUGAAGGUCAGCAAGGGCACCAAAGGGGCAAUCCACUAUAAGGGAGAGGUCGCAGAGCUCCACCGCCACGUUUGGGUGACCGACUUUGCCAACCCCGAUGGAACGCCUUGGGAGACGAUUUGGAGUAAGGUAGAGGAAGCCUCCCCGCUGUCUCUCACCAUCGGCGCCCCGUCUCGAGCUACUUUCCUCUCCUUCGAAGGAGACCUUUUCAUGGGCCGAGCCAUGUACCAGAGAGAUCGACUCCUUGCCACUGUCCCGUUGUCGAUCCUUCGAAGGAGAAAAAUGGAGUGCGCCAGCUGCGAUACGACUGCGACCUGA